GUAGCUAGAUUUCCAACAAAACGGGGAAGAAGAAAUAAAACCAAGAGUGCUGUGACAAAUUGUUUUUUUAAAAUAAAAAAAAAAAUGUCCAUAUUACCGUUCACUCCUCCAAUCGUGAAGAGGCUCCUCGGCUGGAAGAAGGGAGAGCAGAACGGGCAGGAGGAGAAAUGGUGCGAGAAGGCGGUGAAAAGUCUGGUGAAGAAGUUGAAAAAGACGGGACAGCUGGACGAGUUGGAGAAAGCCAUCACAACACAGAAUGUCAACACGAAAUGCAUAACCAUACCCAGAUCUUUAGAUGGGCGUCUCCAGGUCUCCCACAGAAAAGGUCUUCCUCAUGUCAUUUACUGUCGCCUGUGGCGCUGGCCAGACCUGCAGUCCCACCAUGAGCUGAGGGCUGUCGACCACUGUGAAUUUGCCUUCCACACCAAGAAGGAUGAAGUCUGCGUCAACCCCUACCACUACCAGAGGGUGGAGACACCAAUUUUGCCUCCUGUUCUAGUGCCACGUCAUACAGAUAUCCCAGCAGAGUUUCCACCGUUGGAUGACUACAGCCCAUCCAUCCCUGAGAACACCAACUUUCCCGCUGGCAUUGAGCCCCAGAGUAACUAUAUUCCUGAAACUCCCCCGCCAGGGUAUCUAAGUGAGGAUGGUGAGACAAAUGAUCACCAGCUCAACCACAGCAUGGACACAGGUUCACCCAGCCUGUCGCCCAAUCCUGUGUCACCUGCAAACAGUAAUCUUGACUUACAACCUGUGACGUACUGCGAGUCUGCCUUCUGGUGCUCGAUCUCCUAUUACGAGCUGAACCAACGUGUGGGAGAGACCUUCCAUGCCUCCCAGCCGUCCCUCACAGUCGACGGAUUCACAGACCCCUCCAACUCUGAACGCUUCUGUCUGGGCUUGCUGUCCAACGUCAACCGCAACUCGGCAGUAGAGCUCACACGCAGACACAUAGGACGGGGUGUGAGGUUGUAUUACAUUGGGGGAGAGGUGUUUGCAGAGUGUCUCAGUGACAGUGCCAUCUUUGUCCAGAGUCCCAACUGCAACCAGCGCUAUGGCUGGCAUCCUGCCACCGUCUGCAAAAUACCGCCAGGCUGCAACCUGAAGAUCUUCAACAACCAGGAGUUUGCUGCUCUGCUCGCCCAGUCAGUCAACCAGGGCUUUGAGGCUGUCUACCAGCUCACCAGGAUGUGCACCAUUCGCAUGAGUUUUGUCAAGGGUUGGGGAGCCGAGUACAGACGUCAGACAGUGACCAGCACCCCCUGCUGGAUAGAGCUGCAUCUCAAUGGCCCCUUGCAGUGGCUGGACAAGGUCCUCACACAGAUGGGAUCUCCCAGCAUCCACUGCUCCAGUGUGUCGUAGGAGCAGCACAUGUUUUCCCCUAGAAAUCCUCCUUCCCAUCCACACACACUUAUAAGACAACUCAAGUGUCUCUCAGUGAUACAAGAAUAAGGAAAGACAUUCAUUUAUCAAAUCAACAAAUCACCCUCCUCCCUCGCUGUCUCUAACAUUUCACCUCACAUCUAUAGCACUUUCCUUAGUACCAUUAAGUGUCAUCAUUUGAUGGUCGUUUUUAGGACUUGUACAUUGUUUUGUUGUCAUGUGUUUCGAAGGGCAGCCACAGGGUUAUUUGCAAUAGGUUUCAGAAGACUAACCACAUUUCCUUCAUUAUUCAUUCAGACGUCACAUCUAUGCUUUAGUGUUGUAAUUUGUUUUUCUAAAGGAGAUCGAAACGUUUGUCUCCCAGGUUGAAGUUAUGGUACAGUUUCAGCUUUGUCACCUCUUACAUGUUUCAAAACAUUUUUGAUUCUAUGAAUUAGCAAAAAAUUAUAAUUAUGCUAUCAUCACUGGUGUUUCAGUGUCCCAGUACCACUCUUUGUAAUUGCUGAAUUGGGAUGUUUAUCGAUUGAACCAUAAAUUAACAUGUAAUUGAGUAGUGAUUAAAUAGAAUAUAUUUAAUGAAUAUUUUAAGUACAAGGUACUUUGCCCAUGUUGAUUGAAAUGCAUUAAUGAGUGUCAAUAAUCUGAUUAAUCAUGUAAUUGGUAUUUUAUCUAUUUUAAACAAAAUAUAGACAUUAGCACCAUUGUUUCUUGAAAAGAACCCUUGUAUGAAAACUAUUUUGCUCAGUGAAAGAGACAUUUUAUAAGUUAUUUUUGCAUACUGUCCUGCAUGGGAAUAUAUUUUUUUUAAUGCCUCAGUAUGAUUGUACAUAAAUAUUUAUAGCUUGUGAUUUCUUGUAGUCAUGCAUUGCUUGAAACAGUGGACCUGACCGACCUCUGGCAUGAGUAGAUUCACAAAAGGACUUUGCUUUAAUGACCCAAAUCUUUAGCCUGCUUAAUUGCGGGCUUUUUUUCUUUUUUCAACCCGGGUCAACUGGUUCUUAAGUGUGACACAUAGGAUUAUCGUACCAGCUAUUACUGUUAGUUCAUAAUAGGGACAUAAACUAUGAAGUACAGUAUGAGUGAUUGCAGUGGACAGUGUGGUGGUUCAUCCAUCGAUGGCAUGCAGAGUGAAAACAAACGCAGGUCUUUUCACAUAUUACCAACUGUUAGCUAAUAGUACACUAUGCUCCUUGUGAGUACAUGAUGCACUUCCAACUUACUGUGUUGAUCAGUGUAAAGCUGUAGUUCUAGUGGUAGUUUGCUUGUCCAGUAAAUACUGUAUAUUACAUGUACAUUGCUACAAUAUAAGGCAUGUGUAAUAUGCUCGCUGUCAUUGUCUAUGAAGCCACCAUGUUUAUCCUGCACUUACAGUACAAAAGUCUGAAUCACCAUGUAAUCUAUUUCAAACUGUUACAUGGUGCUAAACUCAUACACUGUGUACUUCAGUGCUUUAGGUAGUCGGUAGAUAACGUAUCAGUACUUGUGUUCCUUGAUAUUCUUAGUUGGUGGUUUUCUGUUCCAAGUCUUAUGUACAUGUUUUUCAUGUAGCCUAAUAUUUGUUCUCAAAUGACCAUUGUUUUGUUAUCUGUGAAGAUUUAAUAAAUUGCAACUGAAUAAAAAUGAUUCUAAGACGA